AUGGCGCUACUACGUGUUGUGUGCUUAUCUUCAUCAAAUCAGUUUUCCACUCAACCCCAUUCUUCCCUUUCCCAAUCCAUCAACUUCCCCAAUCGCCCUUCCUUUCACCUUCCACGUUUAUCCCUCACCACGACCAAACAAACCCCUAAUUUCACUCUCACGUGCGUUUCCACUUCCCAGCAACAAACCGAGCCAGUUACAGAAGAAGAAUUUUCAAGUACAAGGUUACUCGCUCAGAACGUGCCCUGGACAAGCACACCCGAGGAUAUUCGUUCUUUGUUUGAAAAACAUGGAAAAGUCCUCGAAGUCGAGCUUUCUAUGUAUAAGAAAGACAGAAACCGGGGUUUGGCCUUUGUCGAAAUGGGUUCCCCAGAAGAGGCUCUCGAAGCUCUCAAUAAACUCGAAUCGUAUGAGUUUGAGGGUCGUGUAAUGAAAGUCAAUUAUGCACGGCUGAAAAAGAAGAAAACGCCACCUCCGGUGAAACCAAAGUCUGGGGUGACGUUUAACUUGUUUGUUGGUAACUUGUCCUAUGAAGCCAAGUCCAAGGAUCUCAAGGAGUUUUUUGAUUCUGGGACUGGUAAAGUUGUUAAAGCUGAGGUUGUCUUUGAUGUAAAUCCUAGAAAACCGUCUGGUUAUGGAUUUGUGUCCUUCAAGACCAAGAAAGAAGCCGAGGUUGCUCUUUCUGAGUUUCAAGGAAAGGAUUUUAUGGGAAGGCCAGUAAGGGUGGAUCGUGGUCGGCGAUUUGUUCAAAAACCAGGGGAGGGUAAUGCAAAGUCUGAAGGUACUCCUUCUGAGUUGAGUGUAAAUGGAGCAGAAGCUCAACAACCAGUAGAGGGGACUGCGAACUCUGAAGAUACUCCUGAGUUGAGUGUGAAUGGGGCAGAAGCUGACAAAACUGAUUGA